AUGCGCAUGGAGCUCCUCGUCGCGCUGCUGACGGUCGCCGCCACCGCUGUCGCUGCCACCGACACUGCGUGCGUCGCUGCGUGCGUCGCCGGCUGCAGCUGUCCACUCGGGCGCAACAAGCUCGUGUGCAGCAACCACGGCUACUGCGCCGACGGCGUCUGCGUCUGCGCCGACGGCUGGGCCAGCUCGGCUGGUGUCAAUGGCACGUGUGACAUUGGGCUCAUAUCGCUCAACCCGAGCGUCCACCUCUUUGUCAUGCUGGCCGCGUGCGUCGUUGCCGUCGUCGCGUACACGAGCUCGCUCGUGUACCUCUACUACAGCAACGAGGCGUUCAUGACGCACGCAUGGCAAGGCCAUGUCAUGAACGUUGGGUCGGUCCUUGGCGCCGCGUCGGUCGCGGUGGCCGUGAGCCUCGACAAGAGCACGCAUGCGUGCACGGUGCUCUGGUGCUGCAUGGACCUCGCCUUCGUCCUCGUAUUUGGCAUGCUCGCGCUGCGCUUGUACCGCAACGUCCGCCUCUACCUCGCCUCGACGACGGGACCUGGCGUCAAGCUCACGGACGCCUGGAUUGUCGGCAUGCUGCUGCUGUUGCUGCUCGUCGACGGUGGGAUCCUCGCGGCCAUCGGCUUCCUUGACGGCUUCAAUCCAACGCUCGGUUUGUGGGACUACCCUGGCGACGUCGACUACCGCUUCCAAGGCUGCUAUUUGAGCUCGACGCACGCUGUCAUUGCGAUCGUCUCGCCCAAAGUGCUCUGUUUGCUGCUCGUUCUGGCGUUUGCCCUCCGCUUGCGCCGCAACGUUCAGGAAGAGAAAGACAUGACCAAGCUCGCCUUUGUUAUGCUUGUGACCACGGUGCUCUGGGCCAUUGGCAUGGCGAUCGUCGCCAUCCACCGCCUCCGUCGACAGCGCCGCCAGCAUCCCUUCAUGUACCUUGGCGACGACGAGACUGGCAUCAACGCCCGUCUCCUGCGUGUCGCCUGGGGCGACGUCGCGCAGGUCGAAGCCGCCGAAGUGCUGCUUGACCAGCAUGAUCCAGAUGUUAAUGGCGCGCUGGAGAUGGGGACGAUUCUCUGGCUGUUGACCGACCGCGUCUGCCACCGCAAGAUCCGGCGGCAUGCGGCCAUGGCCUUGGCGUCCCACGACCCCGCAGUGCUCCGACUCUACCUUCCGCAGCUGCUGCAAGCACUCAAGCACGACGUCGAUCUCUCAGAAGGCGCCGACCUCUGCGACUUGCUCAAUAUCCUCUUGAGCAUGGCAAGGGACCACGUCGAGAUCGCGCUGGACUGCUACUGGCACGUGCGCAUCGAGCUCGAGAACCGAGUGAGCGUCGUCGUUGCCAACCAGGAAAUCGCGAUUCAGGACCGGGCGACCAAGCCGCUGUACGAAAGCAUCUUCCAGCAUCUCAACGCCAUGCUUGAGGAAUCGCCCGACCAUCGCGCGAUUGUCUUUGGGCAGGUCGCUUGCACCCAGCACAUAUCUGCUUUGUACGCUGCGCUUGUAGCACUGCCAACGUCCGACGUCAAGGGUCUCUCGACGGCGCUUCAAGCGUACCUUGCGUCGCCAACGACGUCAACGCUGCAGGGACUACCUCCUCUCAUCUUUCCGUGCCCCCACCCUCUCUUUCCGCUGGCCACUGUGCACAUGGUAGAUAGUACCCAAAGCUUUCUCUUCCGGAGCUCGGCCAAGCCCAUGAAGCUGCAGUUCGCCCUCGCGACAUCGUCGUCGCAGCGGUCGCUCGUUGAGCGGUCCACGUCCCGCUUACCCAACCAGCUGCACACGUACACCGUGGAUGUCUUUGUCUUCGCCGUCAUUGGCUUUGAUUCCAAUGACCUCACCUUGCGCGUCGACGUCCAUGGCAAGCGCAAGCACGUCGAAAUCUCGGCGGCGGUGGCGCGGCUCGACUUUCAGGUCGGCGUGCCACCGCAGCUCGUCGACUGCCAAGUGUUCCGGCGCGGCGCCUAUGUCGGGGCGGUCGAACUCGAGCUCUCCUCCCGCGGCUUGGACCGCAGUGUUGUCCAUGUGGACGGCCACGGCAGCCUCGAUGUCGCUGUCGUCGUCGAGGUUCACAACGUGACGUCGCCACCGCCGACCGGCGCUUUGCACCCGACCGACGUUCUCGUCGACGAAGCGCCUCGGCGGCCCGGUGUCGUCUCACCCAGUGUCAUUUACAAGGUCGGUCCUGGACGUUUUUCUGCACUUGGUACAUGGUCUCUAGCUCGGCGACGACUUGCGGCAAGACCAGCUCGCACUGCAGCUGCUCGCGAUCAUGGACGCCCUUCUGAAGCGCGACGGCCUCGACCUCUGCUUUACGCUCUACCGCGUUCUACCGACAAGUACUCGGGAUGGCUUGGCCGAGUUCGUGCCGCGGUCGCAGCCGCUCUCGGCGGUCCUGAGCCAGCACAACCACAACAUUUUGACGUUCUUCAAACGACACAACUACAAUCCCGACGGCGGGGUCUCGCCAAGCGCGAUCGACACGUUCGUGCGCAGCGUCGCCGGCUACUGCGUCGCGACGUACGUCCUCGGCGUCGGCGACCGGCACCUCGACAACCUCAUGCUCAAAGAGUCGGGCCAUUUUUUUCACAUUGAUUUUGGGUUUAUGUUUGGGCGCGACCCGAAGCCGCUGCCGCCGCCCUUCCGCCUCACCCCCGAAAUGGUCCACGCCAUGGGCGGUCUCCGCGGCCACGAGUUCCAGCAGUGCCUGCGCUACGCCGCCACGGGCUUCAACCUCUUGCGCGCCAACGCCCACGUACUUCUCGGAGUGCUCGAGCUCUCCAAGGACGCGGGGAUUCCCGACAUGAUGACGCACAUGAGCAUGCACGCCGAGUCGGCGAUCGAUGAGGUGGAGAAGCGGCUGAUUUUGGGCGCGACGCCGGACCGCGCCGCCGCCUUCUUCCGCGACCUCAUGCUCGAGACGCAAAACACGCAGACAAAGACCCGUCUCUCGCUCAUGGAGCGCAUCCACCGACUCGCCGUUGCGAUAAAGUAACAACACAUUUUCUGGUCUGCAAGGACAUGACGUUAUUGACUUAUUGACCAUGCGCUGUCGAGGCUCUAUCCGGCCAUUCCCC